GGCCUCAAUCUAGAUAGCGACCUGAAGAUCACUGACGUCAUGAUUUUACCUUGUAUUUUUUUCCGAGUUCCCAGUUUGGAACGCAGCAUUAGAUCACAGGUCUGCGUCAUCAUUACGCGUUUUAUGUACACGGAAGUAGCCAGCAGAAAACCAAAAACAGGACGAAUACAGAAGUCCAUCUGGGUGUUGGUGUGUUGAGUUAUGCCCCAGAGAGGAUGGGUCAGACCCUGUGUAUCUGUUCCCGCGGCUCCAUCACCAUUGACAACAAAAGAUACUACUUCAUCCAGAAACUAGAUGAAGGAGGGUUCAGCUAUGUGGACCUGGUGGAGGGGGUGCAGGAUGGGCGUUUCUACGCCCUGAAGAGAAUCCUGUGCCAUGACCGGGAGGGUCGCCAAGAGGCUCAGACGGAGGUGGAGAUGCACCGUCUCUUCAGCCACCCCAACAUCCUGGGCCUGGCAGGGCACACCUUCAUAGAGAGGGGGGGCAAGAGUGAGGCCUGGAUACUGCUGCCCUACGUUCAGAAGGGCAGUCUGUGGUCAGUGCUAGAGAAGCUGAGGGACAAGGGCAGCUUCAUGCCAGAGAGACGCAUCCUGAAGGUCCUACAGGGCAUCUGUUCUGGACUGAAGGCCAUGCAUGACAGAGGCUACGCACACAGAGAUCUGAAGCCUACCAAUGUACUCCUAGAGGAGGAUGACAGGCCGCUGCUGAUGGACCUGGGUUCUAUGAACCGCUCCAGGAUGGAGGUCAAGGGGACCAGGGAGGCCAUGACAGUACAGGACUGGGCAGCUCAGAGGUGUACUAUAUCGUACCGCGCCCCUGAGCUCUUUAACGUGGAGAGCCACUGCGUCAUCGAUGACCGUACAGACAUCUGGUCUCUGGGCUGUGUACUGUACAGCAUGAUGUUCCUGGAGGGGCCCUAUGACAUGGUGUUCCAGAAGGGAGACAGUGUGGCCCUUGCUGUCCAGAACCCAGUUACCAUCCCUCAGCCAUGCAGUUACUCUGAAAGCCUGCAGAACCUGCUGAGCUCCAUCAUGGGGUCCAACCCCCAGGAAAGACCCGACGUCAACUGGAUCCUGGACCAGAUACAGGACAUGACGUGUUCCAGCCCCAACACACAGACCAAUAUGGUAUGAUGCUCCUGAUCGGGGAACCAUGGCAAGCCUGGCUCCUCUCUGGUUCCCCUCUGGUUCCAACAUCUGUGGGUGAUGAACUUUGAACUUUAUGACCUCUGGACUGUUGUAAUGGCGACCCUGACCUCGUCGUUUUCCUCUAGUCUUAGAAGCUCAGGGGAUCCUACCCCAUACACACACACCCGCUAUUCGGCAGUUGAAACCAUAUUGACUUAUGUCACAGGUCUUCACUGUCCUCCAUAUGCAUGUGCAACAAUAUGCUCCUACAUAGUGUCGGUCAGCUCCACAUCCAGCUCCCCUUGGGGAAAUUGAGGUUUGGGUGGAGCCAUUUUAUGACUGCUAGUGAAUAGGAAACCCCAUGGGUUAAACUAUCAUCAGACACUACGGUUGAAGGGGACACCGGACCAGGAAAAGGACCUAUGGUAAAUUCCAGACAGACGGUUUCCAUGGAAAUGUACUCGGCCAUAUCUUAUAUCAGCUUCAAAGAGAUUUUAAUAAUAACUUGAUUCCAGACCUGGGUUCAAUACAUGAGUAUUUAUUAAAUACUUUUUCUGUGUAUUUGAGUAUUUUCAAAUACACAGGCCAAAUGUUAUUUAUUUAUUUGAGUAUUUGAAUGGUUAUUUGUAAAAACCAAAUAGUGGACCAAAUUGUAUUUGAAAGUAUUUUCAAAUACUAUUUUCAAAUACCUGGGUUAAAUGCAUGGGAGUGUAUUUGAGUGUUUUCAAAUAGUUUCCAAGUGUAUUUCCAAAUACAUUCCAAUAUUCAUCUAAUUGUUUUUUCAAAUAAAGGUUAUCUGAUUGUAUUGAAAACCAAUUGAAAUACCUGAAAUAGUAUUUUGAACCCAGGUCUGCUUGAUUCAUCCUUAUCACAUCUGAACUUCUUUCAAGUCCAUCAUAACUGUAUUUAUUUGUUAUCACAUAAUGCUAUACUGUAGCAGUUCUCUAUUCUCCAUUUGUGACACGUUCAUUUAGGCCUGUAUGUAUUUGGCAAUACCUCACAUGAUUCUGUUUUGAGUGUCAAUAGGAAGAUAAGUUCAUCUGGUUUUAAGUCUCUCAGCAGGUUUUGCUCAGUUAACUCUCACUACAGUUGCUUGAUAGGAACUUUUUAAUGGUUGCUUUUUUAAAACUGUUAUUUUUGUGUGUGCAUCUAUUUAAGGAGCAAUGAUUUAUUUGUCCAUGUAAAUGCUAUAUGAAUAUGUUCUAAAUAAGCCAAUGAAGUUGGAAUGCAGGCGUUAAUGAUGAUUUCAAUGGAACAAUGUAGAAUGUACUGGAACUAUAAAUGGUGGUUGUUGGCUA